GAUUUCUAAACACCAGGGAGAUAAUUCAUCCUCGAAUGGAGUUUAACCAGUUAAUUACAGACAUAGUGUUGAUAAUUGUGCAUAAUAUUUAUAAUAAACCACGGUGAUUCACAUUUGUCAUCGUUAUUCCCGUAUGUCUAAUUUUAAACGCCGAAACAGAUUUAUUGCUCGGUCGUUAAAUUGAUGCAAAAUUCUUAAUAGUCUUUAAACAAAUCUAUAAAUAGGUUAAUAUAUAUAUUAAACAAUAAUAAAAGAUUAAAAUGUAGAACAUUAAUCAAGUUGACUCUAACCAUGACAGUACCAUCUUUAAAAUCAACCAAUUUAUUCAAACCAAUUCAGAUUGGUAACAUUACCUUAAAUCAGAGAAUCGCUCAUUUACCAACCACAAGGUUCAGAGCCACGGCUGAACACGUUCCAACUGAUUUAAUGUUACAAUAUUAUACAGAAAGAUCGAUCGUACCAGGAACUUUGUUGAUCGGGGAAGGUACUAUUCCAUCUGAAAAAUUAGGGAUCUUACCAAAUUUACCUGGAUUAUGGAAUGAACAACAAUCUAAAGCUUGGAAAAUUAUUAUUGAUUCAGUUCAUAAAAAUGGUAGUUUUAUCUCCAUCCAAUUAGGUACAUUAGGUAGAGCUGCUAAUCCUGCCAUUUUAAAACAAAGAGGCUAUGAAUAUUCUGGUGCUUCUGUGAUUUAUUUAGAUGAAGAUUCUAAAAAAUUAGCUGAAGAUGUUGGUAAUCCACUUAAAGAAUUAACUGAAGAUGAAAUUCAUGAUAUCGUCGUUAAUCAAAUCCCCAAUUCAGUUAAAUUGUCCUUACAAGCUGGAUUUGAUAUUGUUGAAAUACAUGCUUCUAGUGGUUAUUUAUUCGAACAAUUCAUUCAUCCAUCUUCAAAUAAAAGAACUGAUAAAUAUGGUGGUUCAAUUGAAAAUAGAACCAGAUUCUUAUUAGAAGUGAUUGAUAAUUUGAUUUAUAAUGAAGGUAUUGAUGCUAAGAAAUUGGCUAUUAGAUUAUCUCCUUAUAAUACUUUCAGAGGUUCAUUAGGAGAAAAUGAAUCAGUUCAUCCUAUUGUAAAUUAUGGAUAUUUAGUAUCUGAAUUACAACAAAGAGCCAAUAAAGGUCAUCAAUUGGGUUAUAUUUCGGUGGUUGAAAAUACACCAGAAAGAUCAAAUACUGAUUUCAUUAGUCAAAUCUGGCAAGGUGUGAUCGUUAAAUCAAUUGCUUUUUCAGAAUCAUUUGAUUUAAAUCCAGUGGUGAAAGCAGUUGAUACAGAUGAUCGUACUAUUAUUGGAUUUGGAAGACAUUUUAUUGCUAAUCCUGAUUUAAUUGAAAGAUUAAAGAAUAGCCUUGAUUUGAAUCCAUUUGAUCCACCAACCUUUUAUUCUGGUACCAAUCUUGGUUAUAAUACCUAUUCAAAAUAUGGUCAACCUUUAGAAAUUGAUCAAGAAGCUGAAAAAUUACAUCGUGGUAAAAGUUUAGUUUAGUUUAAUCUAAGUUUGUUUCCUCUUUUUUAUAGUAUAGAAGUAUUCAAUUCUGGUAGUUCGAUUUUCAAUGUUAC